AUGUUUGAUCUAAUCACGGCAUGCAAUCCAUUACCAAAAGUAAAAAGAACCGUAUUUAAUUAUCGUCGAGCUGACUUUGAUGGUCUACGAGCACAUCUUCAAUCACUUAACCUCAAGGAGAAAAUAUCUGAUCAUGGCGAUAUUAAUAAAGAUUGGUCGGAAUGGAAAGAUUCGUUUCUUGCGGCGGUGAAGCAGUUUGUUCCAACUGCAAAUUUAAAAGGUCGAAAGUCUCUUCCUUGGAUGAAUAGUAAAAUUCUUCAUUUAAUUAAGAAGAAAAACUCGUUGAGAAUGAAAAUCAAAAGAUCUAGUUCACCAAGUGACUACCUAAGAGAUCAAUUUAAAAGCCUCCGCUCCACCAUCAAGCGAAUGUUGCGUGACAGUCGACUUGAAUACAUGAACAAAAUCUGCGCCAAUCGUGAUCACAACCCAAAACGCUUUUGGUCCUUUUUUAAGACGAGGUCAAAAGUUUCCAACAUUCCAGGAAAAGUUUCCACGAAAGUCAAUGACAGUGAAAGAAAGCACGCGAACAGUAACACCGAUAUAGCGAACAUGUUCAAUGAAUAUUUUGUUUCCAUCUUCUCCUCUGACUCGGACGUCGCCCUUGAACAUGGUGAUCGUCUGCAUAACGUAGAGUUUGAGAAUAUCACAUUAUCGGAGGAAGAAGUACUAGCUGUGAUAAUGAAUUUAGACCAUAAUAAAGCACAUGGCCCAGAUAAUAUUCCAGCCCGCCCACUGAAAGAGACAGCCGCGCAGAUUGCACCAUCUCUCUGUUCUCUUUUCAACAAGUCUUUACGUAUUGGCGUUGUGCCUGACGAUUGGAAACUCGCUAACGUGGUCCCUGUUUACAAACACGGAGAAAAAGCGGAGGUAGAAAAUUACCGACCAAUUUCACUACUGUCCCUUAUAUCAAAAACCCUCGAACGUUGUGUAUUUAACAACAUCAAACAUCAUGCUUAUGGUCAGAUAAACCCUUGCCAAAACGGUUUUGUGCCGAAAAAAUCCUGCAUCACCCAACUCAUCGAAGUCCUUGAUCACAUUGGCCGUGACUUAGAUCGUGGUAAACAAAUUGACGUAAUUUAUUUAGACAUGUCAAAGGCCUUCGAUAAAGUGAGCCACGCAAAGCUGUUACAUCGCCUUCGUGAAUUCGGGUUUGGAGGAAGCAUUCUCAAAUGGUUCGGUUCAUAUCUGACCAACCGAUAUCAACAAACGACCGUUCUUGGAGCAACGUCGAGGCCGCUUCCAGUAACAUCAGGAGUGCCGCAGGGGUCCAUCCUCGGUCCAUUAUUGUUCCUUCUAUAUGAGAAUCAUCUCUCCAAUUCCGUGACCAAUUCAAGGAUUGCUAUAUUCGCGGACGAUACCAAGAUCUUCAAGACCAUCAAUUCGAUCUCUGAUGCGUCUGCUCUACAGAAUGAUCUGUCAAACUUCCAAGAAAGCUCAAGCACUAUUAACCUCGAAUUAA